AUGUUCUUCCUUUACAAUAUGGAGCGCAGGGUCACCCUGCAUCCAUCCUACUUUGGAAGGAACAUGAAGGAACUCGUAACCACCAAGCUCGUCCAAGACGUCGAAGGCACUUGCGCCGGAGAUUAUUACAUCAUCGUUAUCAUGGAUGCAUUUGAUAUCUCCGAGGGUCGCAUCCUGCCGGGAACUGGUCUCGCUGAGUUCACAGUUGGGUAUCGCGCCGUCGUGUGGCGACCAUUCAAGGGCGAGACGGUUGAUGCGGUCGUCGCGUCGGUGAACCACCAAGGUUUCUUUGCAAACGCUGGCCCCUUGAAACUUUUCGUGUCUGCCCACCUUAUCCCCAGCGAAAUCAAAUGGGAUCCCAAUGCUACACCCCCUCAGUUCACCAACAACGAAGAUAUGGUCAUCGAAAAGAGCACUCAGGUCCGCGUCAAGAUCAUCGGCAUAAGGAGCGAGGUCGGCGAGAUGUGGGCCAUUGGAAGCAUUAAAGAGGAUUACCUAGGCUGUCUUCAAGAGAGCUAA